UCCAACAAAGAUUCACGUUUCCUAUUUUGGAAGUGUAGGAUUCGAAAAAGAUAGUGGGAGGCCAUUUUGAUAAAGACCAAAUCAUUAUGGUUAAAUAUACAAAAUAACACGAAUACUAAUUAGAGAUCUUUGCUAUCCAUAGGUUGAUAAGAUAAGAUGAAAUCGAAUCCAUUAAGUAGCAUUCUCGACAAUAAUCGACUAGUGGGUCCUAACUUUGUUGAUUGGUUAAGAAAUCUCAAAAUAGUUCUUGCAAGUGAACACAUAGCAUAUGUUCUUGAGGCAAAUGCUCCGGGACCAUUGCCGAUUGAGGCAUCUCCUGAGGAACAUGAGGCAUUGCGCAAGUGGAAGUUAGAUGACGAACAAGACAAGUGCUACAUGUUGGCAUCUAUGAAUAACGAGUUGCAAAAGCAACACGAGAAAUAUUCGGGAGCCCGCGAAAUAUUGUUUCACUUACAAGAGUUGUAUGGUGAAUCAAGUCGUUCUGCUAGAUAUGAGAUAUCUAAGCAAUUAUUUCGAGCAAAGCUCUCAGAGGGAAAGGAUGUUGGAGAACAUGUGAACAUGAUGAUUCGAUGUAUCGAACGUCUAGAGGGUCUAGAUUUCAUCAUGGACUUCAAUCUCCAAACGGAUAUGAUCCUUCAAUCCCUUCCGGAUUCGUAUGGUAAUUUCAUCACGAAUUACUAUAUGAAUCGGAUAGAAUGUACACUUGCAGAGUUAUCAAGUAUGUUGAUAACUGCUCAAAAGAACAAUGUUAAGGGAAAGGAAGUUUCUCUUGUGGUUGCUUCUUCUAGUAAGACUAAGAAGAAGAAAACUAAGAAGAAUGUUUUGAAGGCCCAAAAGGCCAUUGCAAAAAGGAAGCGCACCUCAGAGAACAAAGGAAAGUGUUUCUUUUGCGAGGGCGAGGGACAUUGGAAACGAAAUUGCCCCAAGUAUAAGGAAUUUAAGGGCAAGAACAAGAAGAAUGAAAAUCCCGGUGAGGGAUCUAGCAAAUGAGAGGAAGUUGGACAAGGAUGAAGUGAUCUUGAAGCUUGGAAAUAACGCAAGUGUUGCGGCUAAAGCUAUAGGAUCGUCUU